AUAUCUGUAGAACAUAAAAAGUACAGAAAAAAGACUGAAAUAAAUAGCAUACAGCAAUUACGUAUUCGUAUUUAUGGAAUAAUUAUUACAAUUUCUUUGAAAUGUUUUUGUUACAAAUGUUUUUUUUUAGAUUCAGUAGAUGCUCUACCUCUGCCACAUUGCGAUAACGUCACCAUAGUUUCACGCAAUGCCUGGGAUGCAAGGCCAUCUAAAGCAAUCAAUUACAUGGGGACACCAGUCACGGUUGUCUUCAUCCAUCACACAUCCAUGAGCGAAUGUUUCACAAAAGAUGAUUGUGCCCAAGAAAUGAGAACCAUACAAAAUUUCCACAUGGAUACAAGAGGUUGGGAUGAUAUUGGAUACAACUUCCUUAUUGGCGAAGAUGGUAAGGCAUAUGAGGGGAGAGCCUGGGACAGAAUUGGAGCACACACUUAUGGCUGGAAUGACGUAGCAAUCGCAUUCUCCAUCAUGGGAGACUACUCUAACAAACUUCCAAACGAUGCUGCAUUGCACGCCGUCAAAGCGAUGAUUGAAUGUGGCAUACAGCUCGGCAAAAUAACAUCAGAUUAUAAAAUGUACGGUCAUCGUGAUGUUCGUAACACAGAAUGUCCAGGAGAUUCAUUGUAUGGUCUAAUCAACACUUGGGACCACUUUGAUGCCAAUGUACCUGUCAAACCAACACCAAAACCAUACCGACCCACAUAAAGCAUUGAUCC